AUGACAGAGUUUUAUUCUGAAACAAUCGGUCUGCCAAAGACAGAUCCACGUCUUUGGAGAUUAAGAACUGAUGAGAUAGGCCGAGAAAGUUGGGAAUACUUAACCUCUGAACAGGCCGCUAAUGAACCGCCCUCCACUUUCACGCAAUGGCUUCUUCAGGACCCUGAAUUUCCUCAUCCUCAACCAGAAAGAAAUAAACAUUCACCUAACUUUUCAGCUUUCGAUGCGUGCCAUAAUGGUGCAUCUUUUUUCAAACUGCUUCAAGAGCCUGACUCAGGCAUUUUUCCAUGCCAGUAUAAAGGACCCAUGUUCAUGACGAUUGGUUAUGUAGCUGUAAACUACAUUGCCGGUAUCCAAAUUCCAGAGCAUGAGAGAAUAGAAAUAAUCAGAUAUAUAGUUAAUACUGCACAUCCAGUUGAUGGUGGUUGGGGGUUGCACUCUGUAGACAAGUCCACUGUUUUUGGUACUGCAUUGAACUAUGUUAUCUUACGUUUGUUGGGCCUACCCAAGGACCAUCCGGUUUGCGUUAAGUCAAGAAACACUUUGUUAAGAUUGGGUGGUGCUCUUGGAUCUCCGCAUUGGGGAAAAAUUUGGCUGAGUGCAUUAAACUUGUAUAGAUGGGAAGGUGUUAAUCCUGCCCCUCCUGAAACUUGGUUACUUCCAUACUCACUGCCUAUGCAUCCAGGAAGAUGGUGGGUUCAUACUAGAGCGGUCUAUAUUCCAGUCAGUUACCUGUCCUUAGUGAAAUUUACUUGCCCAAUGACCCCUCUUCUUGAAGAAUUGAGGGAGGAAAUCUAUACCAAGCCAUUUGAUAAGAUCAAGUUUUCCAAGCAUAGAAAUACUGUGUGUGGAGUAGAUCUAUAUUACCCACACUCCAAAACUUUGAAUAUUGCAAACAACUUUGUUGUGUUUUACGAAAAAUACCUUAGAAACAGAUUUAUUUAUUCCCUUUCCAAGAGAAAGGUCUAUGAUCUGGUCAGAAAGGAAAUUCAAAAUACUGAUUCCUUGUGUAUAGCACCCGUUAACCAAGCGUUUUGUGCCCUUGUUACUCUUAUUGAAGAAGGAGUGGACUCUCAAGCCUUCAAGAAGUUCCAGUAUAGAUUCAAGGAUGCAUUGUUCCAUGGCCCACAAGGUAUGACCAUCAUGGGAACUAAUGGUGUACAAAGUUGGGAUUGUGCGUUUGCCAUUCAAUAUCUUUUUAUCGCUGGUCUAGCAGAAAGGUCGGAGUUUUACAAUACGAUUGUCUCCGCCUAUAAAUUCUUGUGUCGUGCUCAGUUUGACACUGAAUGUGUUCCCGGUAGUUUUAGAGAUAAAAGAAAAGGUGCUUGGGGCUUUUCGACCAAGACACAGGGUUACGUAGUCUCUGAUUGUACUGCAGAAGCAAUUAAGGCCAUCAUUAUGGUAAAAAACUCUCCAGUCUUCACUGAGGUACACAACAUGAUCAGUAAUGAACGUUUAUUCGAGGGGAUUGAUGUGUUAUUGAACCUACAAAAUAUUGGAUCCUUUGAAUAUGGCUCCUUUGCUACCUAUGAAAAAAUCAAGGCCCCAUUAGCUAUGGAGACAUUGAAUCCUGCUGAAGUUUUUGGUAACAUAAUGGUAGAAUACCCAUACGUGGAAUGUACUGAUUCAUCAGUCCUUGGGUUGACGUAUUUUCACAAGUAUUUUGACUAUAAAAAGGAAGAAAUACGUGCGCGCAUCAGAAUUGCUAUUGAGUUCAUUAAGAAAUCGCAACUACCAAAUGGCAGUUGGUAUGGAAGCUGGGGUAUUUGCUUCACCUAUGCAGGCAUGUUUGCGUUGGAGGCAUUGCACACAGUGGGAGAAACCUAUGAGAAUUCUUCGACUGUAAGAAAAGGUUGCGACUUUUUGGUUUCUAAACAGAUGAAAGACGGUGGUUGGGGAGAAUCCAUGAAGUCCAGCGAGUUGCACAGUUAUGUAGAUAGCGAAAAAUCGCUAGUGGUUCAAACCGCUUGGGUGCUAAUUGCUCUUCUUUUUGCUGAAUACCCAGGGAAAGAUGUCAUUGAUCGAGGUAUUGAACUUUUGAAAAAUAGACAAGAAGAGUCCGGAGAAUGGAAAUUUGAAGGUGUAGAAGGUGUUUUCAACCACUCUUGUGCAAUUGAAUACCCAAGUUAUAGAUUUUUAUUUCCCAUUAAGGCAUUAGGAAUGUACAGCAAGGCAUAUGAACAACAUGCGCUUUGA